AGGGUCUCCAACCAUGACCCUCUCGCAGGAUUACGAACAAGUGCAGCGCACCCCAAUCUCUCCAGAAGACGAUGAAAUAGACAUUGUAGGAGGAGACCACAGUGACAGCGAGCGCGAGUAUUUCAUGCGGGACCCCACGGAGGUGGACCAUUCAGGGUCCGAGUCCUCCGGGGAGAGCGAGAGCGGCUUCGCCAGCAGCACCGUCGCCCCGAAACAAAGCUCCUCCGUCAAGCCUCCGUAUUCGUACAUCGCCCUCAUAACUAUGGCCAUCCUCCAGAGCCCCAUGAAGAAGCUCACCCUCAGCGGCAUCUGCGACUUCAUUAGCAACAAGUUCCCCUACUACAAGGAGAAGUUCCCCGCCUGGCAGAACUCCAUCAGACACAACUUAUCGCUCAACGACUGCUUUAUCAAGAUCCCACGAGAGCCAGGAAACCCCGGGAAGGGGAAUUACUGGUCCCUGGACCCUGCAUCUGAGGACAUGUUUGACAAUGGCAGCUUUCUGCGCAGAAGAAAACGAUUCAAGAGGAACCAGCCCGAGUUCACCAAAGACAGCCUGGUGCUUUACCAUCCAACGUUGAGUUAUCGGGCAUAUGGGCGACCUUACUGUGUUUCUGGGGCAGUUCCAGCCCAAACUAAUCCUGUUGGAUAUUUGCCAGUGCCCGAUGGCAUCAUGGUGCCACCUCCCUUUUUUCAAUAUCAAACUAUGAACAUUAAAAUCCACGACGCUCCAGAAAUCCAGCAAAGGCCCGAACACAAAACCCAGAGGUGCUCAUUCAGCAUUGACAGCAUUAUGGCCAAAUCAACGGAGUCUUCCAGCAAAAGCUCUGCUCAUCACCUUACGCCUGACUAUAGUUUUGUAUUUCCCAGGCCGACAACAUCGUGUGUGGCACCAAGUUUGGUACCGGUGCCAACAAGGACUCCUCUGCUCAAAACUGUUCCUUUCUCGGAGACUCUUCGGAUGGUUUAUCCUCACUGUUGAACUGUGUUUGGGAAGAACUCUUGUUGUUUUAAAUAGGCUUUACAUAGGCUUGUAAAAUAAGAAAUUUCUGUCAUUGCUCUUAUUGAUUUAAUGUAAAUAAAUAAAUAAAUGGUAAUAUAUUUGCUAGUAUUGGAUGUGUUAAAAAGCUUGUUUGAAUAAACCAUUAUAAGUCA